UGCGUGUAACAUUUUUCAGACUUCAAAAGGGUGCGGUUUACGUGUGGCCUGAUUUUUAGUGUUAAUUAACGCGAUUCAGCCUCGUGUGUGAUUACCGUGUACAAAAAGAAAACCAGGAAAUGACGGAGUUGUCAGGUGCAUCACGUUGGAAGGGGAUCUACUUAAUUAUCGGCCUUAUUGUAAUGGCUGAAUUAGUGACAGUCAGCGGCCGUGGUCACAUUGAUUAUCAAUCGUCUUUCGGACCUAAAGAACGCAGGAAACGUCAAGUUGGUCAAACGGACGCGUUUAGUUUACUUUCUUCGCUGAGCCGGCCAGCAGCUGCCGGACCUUCAUCUACGGCCGCUCCGGGCGGAAGCGGUAGCGGGAAGCAAUUGGACCUCGGGAACAACGCGUUCGGUGGCCUGAUUGGUGGGAUUUUCAAUCAAGCGUUGAGCAAUUUCGCACGACCGACUCAAAACGGAGGAGUCAACAUCGAUCUGGGUGCGCUGGCCAACCCGCAAACGUGGGCCAAUUUCGGUGGUAAUAACGGCGCUACCUUCCCACCGCCGAAUCCACAUGGAGGCGACGUUAGUUUUCCCGGUAAAGUUGCAACCGCCAACAAACCGACGACUACUAAAAAACCUAAAACAAACAGCAAACCCGUAACGACAACCACUAAACAACCGUCGAAUGACGUCAUAGUACCAAGCUUGACGAGUCUCGCUGACGUGCCAGAACUCAAAGGCAUCACGUGGGCUCAAUACAUCGACAGCUCGUCAAUGCUGUGGCUCCCAUACGACAUGAACGUACCAGGAUUCAUUCCCGGCCGGGCUUAUUAUUUGGGAUUUGGCAACCCGGAUUUCGCAUACCAGACGUGUUUCACUCCACUGAGAGCGACGGGCCGUUGUCGGUUUGUCCAGCAUUGUGCCCGGCCCGAAAUCAUUGCCUCGUUGAGUUCCUUCCUCAGUUAUGCCUGUCCCAUCGGCAGCGAUUAUAUGGGGGUCUGCUGUCCAGACAAUACCCAGCCAACUGUCGUUACUACUCAGCCUCCACCCCCGCCUCCACCUACACUCGCACCAGAGACCACCACAGCUGCACCUCUAACCACGACCACCACCGUAGCGCCUCCGACUACCACGGCUGUCGCAACUGAGCCCAGCACCACAGUCGCAGCGGUUAGAAAAGGUUGCGGUGAGCACAUGAAACAGACGACAAGGAUCGUUGGUGGUCAACCGGCUGAUAAGGGUGAAUGGCCAUGGAUGGCCGCUUUGCUCCGCGACAUGACAGACCAGUAUUGCGGUGGAGUGCUCAUCACUGACCAGCAUAUCCUCACCGCCUCCCACUGCGUCGACAAUUUCAAACCGGAGGAAUUGACGGUGCGGCUGGGCGAAUACGACUUUUCUCAGGUGAGCGAAGCUCGUCGUGAUUUCGCAGCGGAGGCUAUUUACAUGCACGAGUCGUACGAUCGCAGGACGUACAAGAACGAUAUAGCUCUGAUCAAACUGAAAACGAAAGCCACUUUCAACAACGAUAUUUGGCCCAUUUGUUUGCCACCGUCCAACAUUGUUCUCGAGGGUCAAAGCGCCUUUGUUACAGGAUGGGGCACAACUUCGUACAGUGGCCAGUCUAGCGACGUCCUUUUGGAAGUGAUCCUACCCAUUUGGGCGUUGGCCGAUUGUCAGAAAGCUUAUACUCAGCCCAUCAGCGAACAGCAGCUGUGUGCCGGAUACAGAGCAGGUGGCAAGGAUUCUUGUCAGGGUGAUUCCGGUGGGCCGUUGAUGUACCAAAUGUCUACGGGUCGAUGGGCCGUAGUGGGUGUCGUUUCUUGGGGUAUCCGUUGUGCCGAGAAAGACAAACCGGGCGUUUAUACUCGAGUGACUUCCUAUUCCGACUGGAUCAAAGCCAAAGUGUUGGCUUAAAUUCAAACACGCAACGGCUUACUACUUACAAAAGAAAACUAUAUGCAUUUAGAGCAUCGUGAAUGUUUCGGCUUUGACAUUAUUAUAUUUUCAAAUGGUUGCCUUAAAAUCGUCGAAAUCGGAAAGGGGGGGGAUUGAUUUACUUCUAUCAACAUUUCGGGUUGAAUCGAACUGCACGGAAAUCGCAACAAUGGAACUUUCAAUGCAUUUAUACAAAAAAAAAUUUUCAUCGCUGGCGAAAACGUUCGAAUGGCGCUGGGUGUUGCCACAUUCUUCGUUUAUUUGCUUCUCCUUUUUUUUAAUGAUUAUUAUUCUAUAAAUAUAUAUACGUCUACACGCAAUGAAAAUCUGCAUCGUGUCUAACCAGUUUGUGUAAGAAAAGUUUGCAUUGCUCGUGAGAAAUUACAUAAAUUGUUGUUGUUGCCAAA